UUUUGCAAAAAAAUAUAUAUGUUUUGCAAAAAAAUAUAUAUGUUUUGCAAAAAUAUAUAUAUGUUUUGCAAAUAAAAAUAGAGUAUUGAGAAAAAAAAUGCUUUUUUGCAAGUAAAAAAAAAUAACUGCAAAAGAAAGGUUUACCACUGAGAGAAAAUAUAAAGUUUAGCAAAUUAAAACUUCAGCCGCAUUAACUUUGCAACACAUUUCCCUUUGCGCUGCUCCUUUAAAUCUGCGUUUCAGUCAUCCGUGCCUCUGCGGUGCAAGCUUUCCUUUGCGCUUCAUUUUUUCUUUGCGCCUCGCUUUGUGUCCCUGAUUUGACGUGGGGGGAGGGGUCAAGAGGUUGAGGUGUGUACAAGGGACGAAGGCGCGUCCUUCUCGUUACGUCAUCAGCGCGAGCCCCAGAGCCCAGACCGAGUGGAUCGAUCGAAAUGGCGGAGCAGAGACAUGCGGGUGAUGGAUCACAGGUCCAUGGACCUAAUGAUGCCACAAGUCACCAGCUGGGAAGGAUGAUCAUGGAAAGACUGCUAUCCAAACUGCAGGAUGCAAUGAGUCGCCUACCCCUAGAUUUAGAUUAUUUGCAGUUUUUAUGCGGUCAUGAGCUUCUCUUCAUUUCAUCAGUCUAUAAUCAAAUUUCAGUCCCAGAGGAACUCCUUGGCGAACUGUCAACCUUGAAAAACACAGUAGAUAGGUAUAUUGACAAUAACAAUGAACCUGUUACUGCCCUUGAAGUGGAAUUUGGAGUUAAGGGGCCCCCAAAGUUUAUUAUUUCCAGAGAACAUCUUCAGUACCUAGUUAAUAUGCAGCUAUCUGUUCCAUGUAUUGCCGAGCUUCUUGGUGUCUCAACAAGGACAAUCAAACGUCGCCUCACUGAGUAUGGCAUUUCUCUAAAGGACACCUACAGUAAAAUCACAGAUGAAGAACUUGACAACCUAGUGAGGUCAAUCAAAGCUAAAAGUCCACACCUAGGCCAUAGAAUGGUGAAGGGACACUUACAAGCCUUGGGUCAUCGUGUGCCAUGGACAAGAGUUUGGGAUUCCAUGCAUCGAGUGGACUCUGCUGGAAUACUUGCAAGAAUUACACAAUUGAGAUGUGUAGUCAGAAGGACUUAUUCCGUCAAGGGCCCUCUUCAUGUUGUUCACGUAGACACAAACCAUAAGCUGAUAAGAUAUGGCCUUGUGAUAUUCGGUGCCAUUGAUGGGUACUCCAGAAAGAUCAUGUACCUUGGAGCUGCAACAGAUAACAAGUCAUCCACUGCCCUCGGUUUUUUCCUUCAGUCAGUGGAGAGACAUGGGUUUCCCUUGAGAGUUCGAGGAGACCAAGGAGUUGAAAAUGUAGAGAUCGCCAGAUGUAUGUUUUCUGUGCGAGGUUGUGGCAGGGGAAGCUACAUUUCAGGGAAAAGCGUACAUAACCAGCGCAUUGAGCGCCUUUGGCGUGACAUAUGGAUGGCAGUUACAAACAUCUAUUACGAUGUUUUGCACAGCCUUGAAGAGGAAGGAUUACUAGAGCCAACCAACAGCCUUCACCUCUUUUGUUGCCAGUUUGUGUUCCUGCCUCGUCUCCAGGCCAGCCUUGACUCCUUUACUAUUGGGUGGAAUAACCAUCCUCUCCGCACAGAGAGUAAUCGAAGCCCAGAACAGUUGUGGGAAAUUGGACUACUGCAAAACCCUGUGACUCCUCCAGUCCCAUCUGAGCAGAUUGCACAAGACGACGACUCUGACUGGGACACAGACAUUAUCUCUGACCAGCCGUGGACAGGAAUUGUAGUUCCUCCAGUCGAAUGCCCCUUAACUGAAGAACUUAAGGCCCAAAUUCAAACUUUUUUUAACCCAACCUCACACUCUCAAAACUAUGGAAGAGACCAGUAUUUAGAAGUUUUAAAUUUUGUACUGCUUCAUUCUUAAUUGACACUAAAUCAAUCAUUGAAAUGACUAGUGAACAAAUGAUCCACUUACAAGCAAAUUAACAUCCAAUUCAAUAAAAAAACAAACUUAA